UGACAGAUGAUUCAGAAGAGCGAGUUCUCAUUUCUGAUUUCGCAUCAUUUUCCCUUUCCAAGGAAAGCUUUGACCCUACGAAAAGGGUUUAAUUUACAUUUACAGUAACCUCACAAACGAUGGCCGAGAAAAAGAAAGCACUGUUCAUUUGUCUUGGUAACAUUUGCCGCUCGCCAAUAGCCGAGGGCGUAUUCCAGAAGACCGUGAAUGACCUAAACAUCGGCGAUAAGUGGGAAAUCGACAGUGCCGCUAUCGGUUCUUGGCAUGUCGGAAACACACCGGACUAUCGCGCUAUGGACACUAUGAAGGAACAUAAUGUUCCAUAUAACAAUCAAGCUAGACAGAUAACAAAGGAAGACUUCAACCACUAUGACUACAUAUUUGGUAUGGACGAGGCCAACAUGAAGGACCUCAAAAGAAUGGCUCCCAAGAACUGUAAGGCUGAGCUGCUGCUGUUCGGCGAUUUUGACCCUCAGGGUGACCGGAUCAUCAGAGAUCCUUAUUAUGAUGCUGAUUCCAAGGGUUUUGAGAAAUGUUACCAGCAGUCUGUGAGAUGCUCCGAGGGAUUUUUAGAGCACUUGGAGAAGAAAGGUUAAGAAUGUGAAGGUACAUUCCCAUACUGUAUAGUAAAUUAUUUUUAUAAUUCUAAUAAAUUAAAAGUCUAUUGUAUUAUAA